AUGCUUUAUGGGCGCGAACAGAUCGGAGGCCAUCGUGGUGCCGAGUGUGUACCUCAGUUCCCGACGAUGACGGCGUGGCCGGCAGCCCAAGCGAGUAGAUCAAAACCACUCUCAGAUGCUCUUCCAAGCCCCCGCCCGUUCUCGACCGCCCUCCUCCCUUCUGAUAUUAGGACACGACGCGCUACGACAUGUUCCCAUCUACGUUAUCCAAAUGAUUGCGGUGCGGUGAUUCCCUGCCGUGCAUGUUUGCAGAUAAAUUUAAAUACGCCUCGUCAUGUCUGCUCGCCGUAUGGAUGUCCCCUUUGGGAUACAGACUUCCAGUAUCUGGUGAACAUACUUUCGCCACGCCACGUUAUUCGCCACCAUCGCGAAAGUGCCGAUCGUUUUACGAUCAUUUCGCGAAGCUUAACUGCCAACGCACCCGACGUCCCCGAGCUUCAACGUCAGAAUGGAAAUAAGUUGCUCAUCCAGACCUUCGCCCUCUCCAUUUGCGAGAGACAAUCCAUACCUUUUUCUCAGGUUUUACAUGUUAUUUUCCCCAUGCGUUUUGCUGGCUGCCACUUUCCCCGCAAUCGUCUAGUCUUGAACAAGCGAGCGCUGGUCAGCUCUCCUGAUAAUCAGUAUAGCGUCAGCUUGGAUGAUUACCUAGUUUCUUACGGCUCCGCAUGCUGUGGACCAGACGCGUCGUGCAUCGCAAGUUGA